UGGAGGAGCUAGCAUGAAUAGUGGCAUGCUAGAAUACACUGAUAAUCGACGUGCGGCUCUGCAGAAUAUGCUGGAAGUAAGGGCGCAACUUCUACCAGGAUCCUCUAGAAGUUUUUCCAUGCUGACAAACAAACUCCACUCCCUGCCAAUCCAGCAAAACAUCUUGCGCCAGAACGCCCAAUUUGGUGCCACAACCGGCAUGGCUGGAGGCCCAACUACCGCGCCUCCCUCUUUUAGCGUGACUGCAGAUUCCUACUGCAACAACUCGCUUCCAGAGUAUACGUAUUUCAGACUCCUCAAUGACAUGCUGAGUAAUGUCUUAACAUCCGAAGUAGGUGGUGGAGCUGGAAAGAGUGGGA